AUGAGUGGGCCACUCAAGUACGAUCACCAUGUCGGCGAGAACAGGCACGAAGUCCACCGGGACGAUGCGUCGGCAGAGGUCGGAGUCAUCAAAAACCAAGAGACCUACGCCUACUCCGAGUCGCGCAAGAUUGGUGUCACGGGCGCCGUCUUCUUGAUCCUCAACAAGAUGAUCGGAACGGGAAUCUUCUCGACGCCCUCCGGCAUCUUCCAAUCCACCGGUUCGGUCGGCGUGAGCCUGAUGCUCUGGGUCAUCGGCGGCAUUCUCACUUUCUGCGGCAUGUCAGUCUUCCUCGAAUUCGGCCUCGCGAUCCCCCGGUCCGGAGGUGAGAAGAACUACCUCGAGCGCGCAUACAAGCACCCGAAAUACCUCGCGACCUGCGUUCUGGCAUCCCAGAUGAUCCUCCUCGGCUUCUCGUCCGGAAACUCUCUCGCUUUCGGCCGGUACGUUCUCUUCGCGUCGGGCUCGACGUCUCCGGACGGUUGGGUCGCUCGCGGCAUCGGUAUCGCCGGUGCCACUUUCGCUGUCGGCAUCCACGCCGUCACGCCGAAGUGGGGUAUCCGGCUGUUCAACGUGCUGGGCGUUUUCAAGGUGGUCGUCCUGCUGUUCAUCGUAUUCUCCGGUUUCGCUGCUCUCGCCGGCCGUCGUCGGGUCCCUGAUCCGCACAACUUCGACAACGCAUUUCGGAUCGAGGAGGGCGAGGGGUAUGGGAAUGGCGGCGUCUAUGGAUACGCAACUGCGCUGCUCCGUAUCAUCUACAGUUACAAAGGCUGGGAGAACGCCAACUACGUCGUCGGCGAACUGAAGGAGCCGAGGAAGACCCUCGCCAUUGCUGCUCCCUUGGCCAUUGGCGGUGUCACUAUCCUCUACGUCCUGGCAAAUGUUGCUUAUUUUGCCGCCAUUCCCAAGACCGAACUCGCAACCUCCGAAGUUAUCGUUGCCGGCGUCUUCUUCCGCAACGUCUUCGGCAACAGUGCCGGCGCUCGUGCACUCCCUGCCUUCGUGGCCAUCAGCAACUUGGGCAACGUGCUCGCCGUCAGUUUCGCCCAUGCCCGUCUGAACCAGGAGUUUGCAAAGGAAGGUUUAUUGCCUUUCAGUCGUUUCUGGGCCUCCAACAAACCUUUCAACGCGCCUGCUGCCGCACUUUUCCUCCACUGGGCCGUGACUAUUAUAGUUUUGACCGCGCCCCCGGCUGGUAGUGCUUACAACUUCAUAACUGACCUCUACACAUAUCCUGGUGCCUGGAUCAACGCCUUCGUCGGAAUCGGUCUCCUCUACCUUCAAUGGAACAAGCAGGAAAACUGGACCUCGCCGUGGCACACGUAUUUCCCCAUCACCAUUCUCUACGUCCUGGCCAACGUGUUCCUAUGCAUCGUGCCCUUUAUCCCACCAACUGGAUCCUGGACAGCGGAAGGCUACCCGUACUACGUCUUCCCCAUCGUGGGAGUCGGUGUGCUACUUCUCGGUGCCUUCUACUGGGUGUGUUGGACCAAAAUCUGGCCAGCAUUUGGUGGGUAUAAAAUCGUGGCUGAAAGGACGUAUGACGAUGAAGGACAUGAAGUCAUUCGUUACCGCAAAGUCAGCACCAAGGGCCUGUCUGGACCAGUCGACUAG